AUGGAGCUACAGAGCAUACAUCCUACCUCCGGCACCAUGAUUCCCCGGACAGUGCUUUUCUUGAGCAUCGCCAUGGCUAUUGUUGGCUCAGUUACAGGUCAUAAUUUGGCUGCAAACGCGAAGGAUAGUGAAGCUUUCUACCCUCUUCCCCCUCCAAUGAGCCCUGGCCCUCCGACCAAGGUGGCACGUGAAGAGGUAUGCACAGGAAACCCCCUUGCUAGAGUGAAGCAUAACACAUCACAGUUGGCACCGCGACAGACAGUUCCAAAAGUCUGGGGAAACCCUCGCGAACCGCCCCCGGUCGUUAAAAGGUCUGAUAAUGGAGCACCGGAGAUGAUGAUGGAGAAGCGACAGCCGGAGCCGGAGCCACAGACCGGCCUUGGGUCAUGCGGCCCUCAGGGUUGCCCCCGUCCCCCUACGAAGCGAGGAAUCGAGUUUAGAUCCUAA